AUGAGCAAGUCACCCAUCACCUGCCACGUGCUGGACAGCACCCUCGGCCGGCCGGGUAAAGGCGUCAAAGUAUAUCUCGAGAGGCUCUCAUCCACGACCGGAGGAGCUGCUGCAGAGAAGCUGGCUGAGGGGGAGACAGACUCUGAUGGCAGGUGCACGACACUGUUGGUACCAGAGACGAAGCUCCCACCAGGCGCCUAUCGCAUGCGCUUCGAGACUGGAGCCUACUUUGCGAAAGACGGCCGACCGACCUUCUAUCCCUUCGUUGAGGUCACAUUCACCUUGCCCAAUCGGCCUGAUCAACACUAUCAUAUCCCGCUGCUCCUCUCGCCCUUUUCAUACACCACAUAUCGAGGUUCAUGA